AACCUCACCUGCACUGGCAGGUUUUUGGGCAGUCGACAUGUACUGAGGUUGUGUGGAUGAGCGACGUAAUUCAGUAACAGCUGAAGAGACGGUGAGAGAAGACGAUACAAGAACGCAGCAACAGGGACAUCACACAGCUGACUAUGAGUGAUAACCUCAGAAGUAGCCACUCUGGGUCCUCAACCCCGGAGCUGAGGCUCGUUCUUCUGGGAAACCUUGGAUGUGGAAAGACAUCUUCAUCCGACACCAUCCUGGGCCAACUGUCGCCCAUCUCUCCCUCUGCCGCCAGGAGCUGCCAGCUGCGACAGGGCUUCACCGAGGGCAGGAGCGUGACCCUGGUGGAGGCGCCGAGAUGGUACUGGAACGGUGGCAAGAUGGAGGACAGCGUCAGGGAGGAGACCAAGAGAGUUUUGACUCUGGCAGCUCCGGGUCCGCACGCCAUUUUGCUGCUGGUGCCAGUGGGCCAGUUCACAGAGAUGGAGAGUCGAGUACCUGCAGAGUUGGAGCAGCUGUUUGGGGAGGAGUCACUGGAUCACACCCUGCUCCUGCUCACGUGUGGGGACUAUUUGAUGGGAAGAACAGUGGAGGAAUACCUACAGAAAGAACUCCCAGGCCUGCGGCAGAUAAUUGAGCGCUGCGGGGGGCGGUUCCAUGUCAUCAAUAAUCGUCAGCGACAGGACAGGGAGCAGGUCCGCCAGCUGCUGGAGAAGGUGGAGAAUAUGGUGCAGGCAAAGGGGGUGUACCACAGGAAAACGGUGCAGGAACAAGAUCUGGAGAGACGAGUGAACGAGAGACGACAGGAACUUAUGGAGAGUUACAGAGCUCAAAAGGAAGGGAGAACAGAAAGUAGAGGAGUGGAGGGCGGUACCACCUUGGAGACGUGGAAGAGACAAGAGAGGGAAAAGACAGAGGGAAGAGCAGGUGGAAGUCAAAUUUCCAAUGGUCUUCAUUCAACUCCAGCGCCUGAGCGAGAGUCAUAUUCAUCAUAUUCACAGAUGCAGGAUGACAGGCAGGCAAAGAGGACGCCCAGCUUCAGACUGAACCAAGAUGGAGCUAUACUCUCUCAAAUGUCUGAGGUUGACACACCUCCAAAAAAGAUUACAACGUUUCAUCACAGAAUCAACAGCUUUGAAGAGAGAUCCCCUGAGGCGUCUCCCACUUCUUCUCCCUACUCACCUGUCUUCUCCUCCUCCCCUUCCUCGCCAACAUUUACUGCCUCCUCUUACUCAGUCCCCUCUUCUUACUCAACCUCCUCAUCAACUUUUGCUUCGGCCUCAGCCUCUCCCACUUCAUCUUCUUCAUUCCCCUCUUCCUCCUCAUCCUCCACAGUCCCCUCAUCCUCCACAUCUUCCACAAUCCCCUCAUCUUACUCAACCUCC